AUGUCUAAGGUGGGAACAUUUGUUUUCCUGUUGGCUGUGGCACAUGGAAGUUUUGGAUUAUCACUUCUUGGAAGUGGAUUAGGCUUAGGACUGGAUGAAGUUGGUCUCAAAGGAGUUGGAAUUUCAAAAGAAGUUGUAGACUUAUACGCUCCGCCAAAAUAUGAGUUUCAAUAUGGUGUCAAAGAUCUUAAAACGGGAGACAGCAAAGAACAAAAAGAAGAACGUGUAGGAGACGUGGUGAAGGGUCAAUACUCCCUAGCAGAACCUGAUGGCACCAUUCGUGUUGUCAAAUAUACUGCGGAUAAAGUUAACGGAUUUAAUGCAGUAGUCGAAAGAAUUGGAAAAGCAGUUCACCCUCAAGUUAUACAAAAACCUCUAAUAGUACCAGUAGUACAGAAAUCUGUUGCUUUGCCAGUAAUAUCAAAAAUUGGAUUAUCACAAGGGCUUGUACUUGGUGAUAGUUUAGGACUACGUAAAGGACUUGGAAUUGGUGAUAAUCUAGGAUUAAGUAGAGGACUUGAAAUUAGUGAUAGUUUAGGACUUGGUAAAGGACUUGGACUUGGUGAAUCAAGAAUUUACUAA